CUCUGGUCUCAAGUUCAUUUUGCUCAGAACACAAUAAUGAUCUCAGCUGGUCUGAUCAAAGUCUCUGCAGCUCUGCUCUGUGUUGUAGGUCUAAGUGAUGGCAAUGAUGUCAAUCAGACUCCUCUGCUGUGGAGCACUGAGAGUCAGUCUGCAACAAUGAACUGCAGUCACACUAAGGGCAGUUCAUAUCGACAGAUGUACUGGUACAGACAGCUGCCAGGAGAGACAAUGAAGCAAAUAGUUUACACAACAGCAUACAGCCCUCAUGAGUAUCAAAGUGGCUUCAGUGAGGACAAAUUUCCAGCAAAGAAGAACGACGCUGAGACUGGAUCUUUGACUGUUAAGAAGCUGCUGCAUAAUGACAGUGGAGUGUAUUUCUGUGCUGUGAGUGAACACAGUGAGACAGGUAGUAAUACCAAUAAUGGAGUCCACCAAACCUCAAGGUUACUGGUAGAGAGGGGUCAGUCUGCCCAGAUGAACUGCAAGCAUGAUCUUGGGGGCACUUACUUUGAGAUGUGCUGGUAUCAACAGCUGCCAGAGGAGAAUCUGAAACAGAUCGUCUCCACAGUGCCUUACAGUGAGCCAGACUUUGGAGAUUUUAGCCAAGACAAAUUCUCAGCCACAAAGUCUGAAGCUGAAAGCGGAUCUUUCACGGUGAAAAACGUUGAACCAGGUGACAGCGGAGUGUACUUCUGUGCCGUCAGCUCACACACUAGUCAGCCUGCUUACUUUGGCCAAGGAACCAAACUGACGCUUGUGAAAAACUCAAAAUACAGGGAAAAAGUGUUAAAGGUAGUUAGAGGUUCAUUCAGCCCCUGUACUGUAGGUCUUUGUCAGUUUUUUACAUGCGAGUCAGCACUGUGUUCUGGAAAUUAUCCUGCUUAUUUUGGAGAGGGAACCAAACUAACAGUUCUGGAAGAUGGGGUUGAUGUCACCCCACCAACAGUGAAGAUGUUUUGGCCUUCAUCAAAAGAGUGUCGAAACCCGGAAAAUACACGGAAGAAGACCUUACUUUGUGUGGCCACUGAUUUCUACCCAGACCAUGUCCGUGUGUUCUGGCAGAUGAAUGGGGAGAAUGUCACCACAGGUGUGGCAACUGGCAACCCUGUCAAGCAGCAUGAUAAGAAGUACAGAAUCACCAGCAGGUUGAGGGUCCAUGCUGAUGACUGGCAAGACCCUGAGAAUGAGUUCACGUGCAACGUCGAAUUCUUCACCAUUGACAAAGGCCCUAUAAUUAUAUCAGAGAGCAUUCAAAGUAAAGAAGAUCUUUCGCCAAAAGAGUCAACAAGAGAAGACUAUCUGAAGAUCACACAGACUGCCAAACUCACCUACAGUGUUUUUAUCAUCAAGAGCUUCAUCUAUGGAGCCUUUGUAGUGUUUGUGGUGUAUAAACUUAAGGGUUCAACUGGAAAGUACUGAUAUGUGAGAGCUGUGCUGAGACAAACUCUGGGAGAUGGAAUAUAAUAUAAUGGAAUAUAAUUGUCUUUCUGUAAAUACAACUGAAAACAAAGUAGUUAUGUUUCUAUAAAGUUGCAUGUUGCAGUGCAUUUAUACAGUAGAUGAACAGUUCUGUGCUUAUUAUUAUACUAAAGCUGAAAGCUGGCAUGCAAAUGCAGUAUAUUGAAUCAAGUUUCUAUAGAUAUGUCAUAGUUCUAUGCACUGGUUUGUGGUGGUGUAAUGCUUGUGUGCUUAAUUUGUUGCUCAAUAAAAAGUAUUUCAAAGGA